AUGGCUCUACUGGCAGGCCCAGGUAUUCUCAUGUACGGUGGACAUGAGGCACGUGGUUUACAGCGCGAGAGAUGGAUGGAAAAUAUACCAGGCCAGCCACCAUGCCCUGUCCAACCAACCACCCUCACCCUAGCUGAAUAUGGACCUCAAAGGACAUUUAUAGCUGAAAUUCCACUUGAUUUCAACCUGAUACCCGAAGAUUUUGCUACAGCCUAUGUAAGAUUUGGGUUGGGUAAUUGCCCCAUCGUGCGGGGAAUACGGGUUGAGACAGGAGGCCCAUGGCUAGGAUGUCUAGCGCCAGGCCACAUGAUUCUGGAAGGUAUUUACCGAACACUAGGGGGUCCUUAUGUCUCUGAUGUUUCUAACAUGUUCUACACUGAGUGUAAAUAUCUAGAAGAUCUGAGAUACGUCUUUGUGGCGACGGUUGAAAACACUGAUACGAAAGAAUUUCUUGAAAGUGACAUUUACACAGCGGCUAAUGGUUUGGCAUGGCCACCAGUGCUGGGGGGUCAUCAUAGACUAGAUCUUUAUUAUGAUAGAAACCCGGCUGAGCUCCAAGCCAUUUUGGGCACAGAAAUCGGAAAGAUGGUGUGUGCUAUUGUAUUGGGACGUUGGCCUCCAGGAACUCACCGUAUUCCUCAUGUCUCUAUCGCAGUAGAUGAAAUUGUGGUAUCGAUCGAUCCCCAAUUUGGGACGCCAGAAAUGCGAGCAAUCAUUGUUAACAUGAUGUUCAGUAUUGAAGAAAUUCCUGUCGCUGCCCCUGCCGCCGCCGGUGGUGAUGGCGAUGGUGAUCGUGGUGAUCGUGGUGAUCGUGAUGCUUCUCCAGGCCCUUCACCAGGACAGAAGCGAGCUUGGGCUAAUGAUCCUGACUACGAAACACAUGGAGAGGAUAAUUCCAAAAGUGACUCCUCAGACCCCAAAUCAAAGAAGAAGCGUACGGCCUGUGGAGGUGCUGCUGCUGCUUCUCCUGGGCGUGGACGUGGACAUAGACGUGGGAAUAGACGUGGACGCGCACGAGCAGGCUAG